AUGAUGAAGUUUCGGUUCCGGCGGCAGGGUGCCGACCCGCACCGCGACCGCCUCCGCCACGACCUCUUCGCCUUCAGCAAGACGGUGGAGCACGGCUUCCCCAGCCAGCCCAGCGCCCUGGCCUACGACCCCGUGCUGCGCGUGAUGGCCAUUGGCACCAAGGCAGGAGCCGUCAAGCUAUAUGGCGCGCCGGGCGUGGAGCUGACGGGAUUGCACAAGGAAACGGCCACUGUCACCCAGCUGCACUUCCUGCCUGGCCAGGGCUGGCUCCUCUCUCUGCUGGAUGACAACACAGUGCACCUCUGGGAGGUCUGCCAGAAGGAGGGCUGCUCCCACCUGGAAGAGACGCGCAGCUUCGGCCUCCCGGGACGCCCAGGGUCCGGCAGCACUAACUGCUCCCCCGGCAUCACGCGGGUGACGGUGGUCCUGCCGAUGUCUGCUGGCACGUUGGUCUGCCUGGGCACCGAGGGCGGUGCCGUGUACUUCCUCACCCUGCCCACUCUGACGCUGCUGGAGGACAAGACCCUCUUCCCGGAUGAGAUCCUGCAGAGUGUCCCCGAUGACUACCGCUGCGGGAAGGCGCUGGGGCCGGUGGAAUCCAUCCAGGAGCACCCACGUGACAGCAGCCGGCUCCUCAUCGGGUACAGCCGGGGGCUGGUGGUCCUCUGGGAGCAGAGCAUGCGUGUUGUCCAGCACCUCUUCCUGGGGAACCAGCAGCUGGAGAGCCUGGCCUGGGAGCAGAGCGGGAAGAGCAUCGUCAGCUCCCACAGUGACGGCGGGUACAUGGUGUGGGCGGUGAGCGGCACCGGCCAGAGGACCCAGCAGCCCGUCAUGUCCACCAUCCCCUACGGUCCUUUCCCUUGCAAAGCCAUCAGCAAAAUCCUCUGGCGCACCUGCGAGUCGGGGAACCCCUUCAUCAUCUUUAGCGGGGGGAUGCCGCGGGCCAGCUACGGUGACCGGCACUGUGUGAGCGUGCUGCAGGGCCAGAGCCUGGCCACGCUCGACUUCACCUCCCGCGUCAUCGACUUCUUCACCGUGCAGGGCGCGGAGGUGCCCGAGGGAGGCUUUGAGAACCCCCGAGCCCUCGUGGUGCUGGUGGAGGAGGAGCUGGUGGCCAUCGACCUCCAGACGCCAGGCUGGCCCACCAUCCCCGCCCCGUACCUGGCACCCCUCCACUCCUCUGCCAUCACCUGCUCCUGCCACGUCUCCAAUGUGCCCCUCAAGCUCUGGGAGAGGAUUGUCAGUGUUGGCGAGCAGCAGAGCCCCCGGCAAUCCUCUGCGGCUUGGCCCAUUGAUGGGGGGAAGAACCUGGCCCAGGAGCCCACGCAGAGGGGGCUUCUCCUCACUGGGCACGAGGACGGCACGGUGCGGUUCUGGGAUGCCUCAGGGGUCUCCCUGAAGCCCCUCUACAAGCUGGGCACCGCCAGCAUCUUCCAGACAGACUGUGAGCACAACGACAGCCUCAACCAGGCGGGCGAGGAGGAGUGGCCGCCGUUCCGCAAGGUGGGCUGCUUUGAUCCCUACAGCGACGACCCACGUCUGGGCGUGCAGAAGAUCGCGCUCUGCAAGUACACGGCCAAGAUGGUGGUGGCAGGCACAGCAGGGCAGGUGCUGGUGAUGGAAUUGAGUGACGAGAAGUCGGAGCACGCGGUCAGCGUGGCCACAGUGGACCUGCUGCAGGACCGUGAGGGUUUCACCUGGAAGGGCCAUGACCGGCUGGCCCCCCGGAAUGGCCCCCUGCACUUCGCCCCCGGCUUCCAGCCCAGCGUGCUGGUGCAGUGCGUCCCCCCUGCCGCCGUCACCGCUGUCACCCUCCACUCCGAGUGGAACCUCGUGGCCUUUGGCACCAGCCACGGCUUUGGGCUCUUCGACUAUUACCGGCGCAACCCCGUGCUGGCCAGGUGUACCCUGCACCCCAACGACUCGCUGGCCAUGGAGGGGCCCCUGUCCCGCGUGAAGUCCCUCAAGAAGUCCCUGCGCCAGUCCUUCCGCCGCAUCCGCAAGAGCCGAGUGUCCGGCAAGAAGAGACUCAAUGCCAGCAGCCCCUCCAGCAAGGUGCAGGAGGCCAACGCGCAGCUGGCGGAGCAGGCGGGGCCCCCCGAGGUGGAGAUGACGCCGGUGCAGCGGCGGAUCGAGCCCCGCUCGGCCGAUGACUCGCUCUCGGGGGUCGUGCGGUGCCUCUACUUUGCCGACACCUUCCUUCGCGACGCCGCCCACCACGGCCCCACGAUGUGGGCAGGGACCAACUCGGGGUCGGUGUUCGCCUACGCCCUGGAGGUGCCGUCGCAGGAGAAGUUCUCGGAGCGGGCGGUGGAGGCGGUGCUGGGGAAGGAGAUCCAGCUGAUGCACCGGGCGCCAGUGGUGGCCAUUGCAGUGCUGGAUGGGCGGGGGAACCCCCUGCCCGAGCCCUAUGAGGUGUCUCGGGACCUCGCCAAGGCCCCCGACAUGCAGGGCAGCCACUCCAUGCUCAUCUCUUCAGAGGAGCAGUUCAAGGUCUUCACGCUCCCCAAAGUGAGUGCCAAGACCAAGUUCAAGCUGACGGCACACGAGGGCUGCCGGGUGCGGAAGGUGGCCCUGGUGAGCCUGGCCAGCACCAGCGCUGGCUCUGAGGAGCGGCUGGAGAACUGCCUGGCCUGUCUCACCAACCUGGGGGACAUCCACAUCUUCACUGUGCCCAGCCUGCGGCCCCAGGUCCACUACGGCUGCAUCCGCAAGGAGGACAUCAGCGGCAUUGCCUCCUGUGUCUUCACCAAGCAUGGCCAAGGUUUCUACCUAAUUUCGCCGUCCGAGUUCGAGCGCUUCUCGCUGAGCGCCAGGAACGUGACGGAGCCGCUGUGCCGGCUGGAGGUCGCCCGGCUCCAGGACACCUCCUGCCUCAGCAACAGCUUGAUGGCGACACCGAAGCUGCCACAGGCGAACGGCACCCACGUCCCGCGCAGCCCUGAGGGCCGGCACUCCCCCUCUGACAGUGACCGGUCCCCCGAGGAGCACUUGGCUGCCUUCUCGCCUGGCCCCAUUGACUCCCCCAACAGCAGCCUGGAGAACCCGCUGGACACCACCGGGGACACCACCGUGGAGGAAGUGAAGGAUUUCCUGGCGUCCUCAGAGGAAGCAGAGCGGAACCUGAGGAAUGCCAGUGAGGACGAGGCCCGGCCCACGGGGAUCCUCAUCAAGUGAGGCAUUGCUGGCCUCCCUGACCCAUCUCAGUGCUCGGAUUCCCGGGAUGCGCGACUCGACUGGACCCCCCGCGCCCCCUCCCCAUGUAACGUAGACUCGCCUCUUCUCUAACACCGCCCCGGCUCCGGCACCUUCCCCCCACACCUCCCUGCCUGGCCGCCGGCCCUGGACCCCUGAGCUGGGCCUGUGGGGCACAAACUCUUCCCGGGGAAGAUAUUUUUCUUUUUUAUACACGGUCAAGUGUCAUUGUCCCCUGCUCCAGAGCCCCCUUCCUGGGGGAUGCUGCUGCUUCCCUGGCUCCGUGGGGAGGGCUGGGGCUCGUGGGAUCCCCCUUGUCCGCCGGUUUUGGUCCCUCGGGGAGGUGGGGGACCGGGAGCCCCUGGGCACGGCCCCCCCAUACCCUGGUCUGUGUUUACAUGCCCGGCUCCCUGCAGUUUACAGGCCCGUCCCCUGCCAGCUCCGGCUGCCAUACAGGGACUGUCUCCUUCCUAGGGGAGCCCAGCAGGGACCCCCUGGCUCCCAAGCAGGCACUGGAGGCCUUGAGCAGCCCGGGGAGGGGCACAGUGGGGGGUCACAGGUGGCCUUUUUCUCUUAGUGGCUUCUCCAAGGGCUAUUCUCCAGGUUGGGCUCUGUGCCUGCUGCUCCUUUCUGACACUAAUUCCUGCCACGGGUGGGUUUGGGAUGGGAUCAUGCUGUGGGAAUACACACCAGCUCCUGGUCCUGGUCCGUGUUGGUGCUGGGCGGGGGGGGCAGAUGGGGCUGCCCCAGCUCCCUCCUGCCCCAGGCUGGGCUGCCCCACCCUGGGGGUCUCACUGUGCCAAAUCCCCCCUGGGCUCUGAGCCCAGCCUUGCCCUCCCAGGGGGCUGUGGUGAUGCCGGCUCUGUCCCCUGGCCCAUGGUAGCUGUCCCCAUGGGGCUCAGCCUGGUCCCUGCCCCUCUCUUUUUGGGGAUCCAGGGCCGUCGUGGCCCCCCCACGGGCUCUCUUGCGGUACAUGUGAAGAGCGCCG